AUGAGAGACUCGGACUUUGUGAGACAAUCUCAAGAUCAAUGGCGUUUCAUUCUGAAGCUGACUGCUAUAGGAGUCGUUUUGGUCAUGGCGUAUAACAUAGCUUAUGUGAUGCAAGUACGAGCGCGACAACGUAAAAUUUCACAACUGGUUGAUGAGGACGAAAUAGCGAAAUCGUUUAUGAGGCAGCCGGAGCUCAGGGAUAAAGAAAUGGACCAGUUGGAGAUGCAAGAGCUUGGUCGAAUUUUGAAAGGAGAUGUAGAUGAGGCAUGGAGAAGAAAACAAGAAAGUCUGGCUGGGAAGAAUCCGGAUGAAAUCAGAGAAGAGUACAGAUGGUUUCGAGCUGUCCAAGAUGCCGAUCGCACUCGCAGAAUAAAAGCCGAGAGAGCGGAACGUCGCAGAAGAGAAAGGAUAGCAGCUCGUAGAGGCGAGACUGAGAGUGACAAGACAACUUGA